AUGGGUAACACCAACGAAACUUCCUCCAAUUCCCUCGUGGAUGGCGGAGCGGCAGGCGGGCUUCCAAAUGAUGGCACAGGCGUUGUCAAGCUCGAUCCAUGGCUCGAACCCUUCAAAGAGCCCCUCCGGGAACGCUACAGUAAAGUACAGCAGUGGAUUUCGACUAUCAACGAAACCGAAGGAGGAUUAGAGAAAUUUAGUAGAGGAACGGAGAAGUUUGGCUUCAAUGUGGACAAGGACAAUAAUAUCACCUAUAGAGAAUGGGCACCGAAUGCGACGCAGGCGUUUCUGAUUGGUGACUUUAAUGAGUGGAAUCGAGAAUCACACCCUAUGAAGAAGGACCCAUUUGGGGUUUUCGAAGUCGUCAUCCCAGCGAAGAAUGGAAAGCCUGCCAUAGAGCACAAAUCCAAGAUUAAACUCUCUAUGAUCACACCCUCGGGAGAGCGAAUUGAACGAAUUCCUGCAUGGAUCAAAUAUGUCACACAAGACCUCGAAGUUUCUCCGGUUUACGAUGCCCGAUUCUGGAAUCCUCCUCCCUCCGAAAGAUAUGUCUUCAAGCACCCACGGCCGACCAAACCCGAGAGCGCGAGAGUAUACGAAGCACACGUUGGCAUUUCUUCUCCUGAGUUGGGAGUGGCUUCAUAUAAGCAAUUCACAAAGAGCAUGCUGCCGAGGAUAAAGCACCUGGGGUACAACGUCAUCCAGCUCAUGGCGAUUAUGGAGCAUGCCUAUUAUGCAAGCUUCGGAUACCAAAUCAACAGCUUCUUCGCAGCGAGUAGUCGAUAUGGUACACCUGAUGACCUGAAGGAGCUUAUUGAUACGGCACAUGGUAUGGGCAUAGUAGUACUGUUGGACGUGGUUCACAGCCAUGCCUCAAAGAACGUCCUAGAUGGGCUGAACGAGUUUGACGGCUCCGACAGCUGCUAUUUCCACGGUGGCCAGAAGGGUACGCAUGAGCUGUGGGAUAGUAGGCUAUUUAAUUAUGGUAGCCACGAGGUCUUGAGGUUUCUUUUGAGUAAUUUGCGAUUCUGGAUGGACGAAUACCACUUUGACGGAUUUCGAUUUGACGGUGUUACGAGCAUGCUUUAUACCCAUCAUGGAAUUGGAACGGGAUUUUCAGGAGGCUAUCACGAGUACUUCGGUCCUGGAGUUGAUGACGAAGCUGUUGUCUAUCUCAUGCUGGCGAAUGAGAUGUUGCACGAGCUGUACCCGGAAGUUAUUACAAUUGCAGAAGAUGUCUCGGGCAUGCCAGCUUUAUGUCUCUCCCUGUCGUUAGGUGGUAUCGGCUUCGAUUAUCGAUUGGCGAUGGCUAUCCCCGACAUGUGGAUCAAGAUCUUGAAGGAAAAGAAGGACGAUGAAUGGGAUAUGUCAAAUAUUACCUUCACAUUGACAAACAGGCGCCAUGGGGAGAAGACAAUUGCGUAUUGCGAAAGUCACGAUCAAGCCUUGGUCGGAGAUAAAUCCCUUAUGAUGCAUCUCUGCGACGCUGAAAUGUACACGAAUAUGUCCACCCUUACCGAGUUUACACCUAUAAUCGAACGCGGAAUGGCCCUGCACAAGAUGAUCCGCCUCCUUACACAUGCUCUCGGUGGAGAAGGAUAUCUCAACUUUGAAGGAAACGAGUUUGGACACCCUGAAUGGCUCGACUUCCCUCGUGCCGGAAACGAGAACAGCUUCUGGUACGCACGCCGCCAAUUCAACCUUCCAGAUGACCAUCUCCUCCGCUAUAAGUUCCUAAACGAAUUUGAUGCCGGCAUGAACCGUACGGAGGCGAAGUAUGGCUGGUUACACUCACCACAAGCUUAUAUCAGCCUGAAGAACGAGUCAGACAAGGUUAUCAGCUUCGAGCGUGCUGGGUUGAUUUGGGUGUUUAAUUUCAAUCCCACCCAGAGCUUUACAGAUUACAGAAUUGGAGUUGAAGUGGCCGGGACUUAUAGGGCUGUUCUUAAUACCGACUCCAAGGACUACGGAGGGUUCGAGAGGAUCGACUCUGGCACUAGGUUCUUCACGACCGACCUUCCGUGGAACGGCAGAAAGAACUUUACGCAAGUUUAUAUCCCUACCAGGACUGCUCUCGUUCUUGCGCUUGAGUCGACUCUUUGA